AUGUGCCAGUUUGUCAUCCCUAAGGCGUACCUUGACAACCCUCCCUCCCUCUCCACCACAUGCAUCACAACUCGACGCUUGCACGCCUGCAACGGACUGCACUUCUUCUCCUUCAAUCGCUUCUCAUUUCAACUCCACCUCACUCUCAUCUCCUCCUCCUACCCCACCUCCCCCUCUUCCACUGACUCCUCCUCUCCUCCACCCUCUUCCUCUCCCUCUCCCUCUCACACUGCCUCGCCGCACAUUGUCCACUUUGUUGGUGUCACCUUUUUCCUAUCGGACACGCACUCCUCCUCGUAA